UCUCCCCUGCACCUGGCAGCCGAGAAUGGUCACCAUGAAACUGUAUCAGUCUUACUGACAGCUGGUGCAUUUGUGAACGCACGGGACGAUGACCAAGAGUCUCCCCUGCACCGGGCAGCCGGAAGUGGCCACCAUGAAACUGUAUCAGUUUUAAUGACAGCUGGUGCAGAUGUGAACGCACGGGACGUUGGGCAAAUCUCUCCCCUGCACCUGACAGCCCUGAAUGGCCACCAUAAAACUGUAUCAGUUUUACUGACAGCUGGUUCAGAUGUGGACGCACGGGACGAUGACCAAGAGUCUCCCCUGCACUGGGCAGCCAGGAGUGGCAGCCAUGAAACUGUAUCAGUUUUACUGGCAGCUGGUGCAGAUGUGAACGCACGGGGCGAUGUGCAAGACUCUCCCCUGCACCGGGCAGCCCAUAAUGGCCAACAUGAAACUGUGUCAGUUUUACUGACAGCUGGUGCAGAUGUGAACGCACGGAACUAUUGGGAAGACACACCCCUCCAUGACGCAGCUACACAGGGCCACCCCAAGUGUGCGGAAAUACUGCUGCAGCACGGGGCUGAUGCCGGUCUCAGGAACAAGCAUGGUCUAACGGCGGAGGACAUCGCUGCAGAUGAGGACACCAGUGACGCUCAUCCGGACAACAAAGACCGAAUUACUCGUGGUAGAAAGGAAAUACUGAAGCUUCUCCGACAACAAAAUAAUGAAGUCUCCACACGUAAGAAAGGCUACGAUCCUGUACUCGUCCGGUUCUAUGAGGAAAGAGGAAUGACCGAGGCGAAGAAGGAUUGUCCGUUGAUAGAAGAAGCAGCUAAGCAGAGCGGGAAAACUGUAGACCAAGUGAAGAACUUCAUCGGCAACUAUCGUAGGUUUAAGGGCGGCAGCAAGCGGAGCCUCCCCACAGACGACAUGGGGACUGAGGACGUCACGGGACAUCGUGAAGACUUAGGGAUGUCGAAAAAAGAAGGAGACAGCAGUGUUCCACUCGAAAUACAGCUGCGGGGUCCUGGAAUGCAGCAGCUGUACUCCCAGGCCUGCCGCCAGGGGGCGCGACCGGUGCACAGCGUGCGCGGGCUCGUGGUUGGUCAGUUCAGAUCCGGGAAGACGUGUGUCGUCAGGAGGCUGACGGGAGAGAAGGCUGUAGAGAAUGAACCGAUAACAGACGGCAUCGAGAUUUCACCCAGCGUGAAGACCAAGACUUGGCGGAAGGCAAAAGAGGAGCCAGACGAAUUCAAGGAAACUAUGGCAGAACGAUUGGCGGAACAACAAGAACGGGACAAACCACGCGCCCGGACAUCGUCAGGAGCACAAGGAGCAGUCAGGAGAAAAGAAGCAAGUGUGGUUACGACUACGUCACGACAAACACAAGACAUGCCGGAUGAUGUCAAAAUACAAGCUCAACAGCGACUUCAGAGUGACGUGACGGUUCAAAAGCAGACACAAGAGAUUCCGGAUGAUGUCAUAGAAAAAGCCAAAGAGCGACUCCAAAGUGGCGUGACCGAUGAGCAGCUUGGAACAGCCGAACACCCGCGUCUCUCCCUCUGGGACUUUGGCGGCCAGGCCACGUACUACGGCUCGCACCAGUGCUUCUUCACGUACCGCGGGAUCUACAUCCUGGUCAUGUCACUGCUGCAGAAGCUGUCUGACCCUGUUCCUGAUCUGGACUACAAGGCGGCAGCGGACAACCUCGUAACUGGAAGAGACUAUUUGGACCACUGGCUGAACUCAGUCCGCACACACACCCUGGUGCACGGGCGGGAGCAGACAGGAGAGCCGCGUGUCGUUUUGGUCCUCACGCACAAGGACAAGGUCAGCGAGUCGGACAUUGAGGAGUACAAGAAAGACAUACGUGAUCACAUCCGCGGUAAGGCAGCCAGUGAACACGUCUUACCUAAGAUAUUUGUCAUCGACAACUUCAACGAGGACAACAGCGACAUUGACGAGCUCCGAGAAUACCUCCGUGAGGUGGCGAAGGGUCUUUGGUUCAUGGGCCAGGAGGUGCCGAUGACUUGGCUUCAUCUGAAGUCCAAACUGAUGGACAAGAGGAGAGAGGACGACCCAUUUUGCCGUUUCCAAGAUGUCGUCGAUCUGGCCCGGAGUGAUGACGUGGGCAUCACGGACGACAGCCAUGUUGCCGACAUUUUGACCUUCCUACAUGACCUUGGGGACAUCAUCUUCAUCAACGAGCCCGUUCUCCGUGAUCACGUGGCCCUUCGACCCCAGGUGAUGAUUGACGUCUUCAGGACCAUCAUCACCGUCCCGGAGUACCAACAGGACAGGAGCACGGAUGGGGAGGUUGCCGAGAUGUGGAGGAGGCUGGAGACGGAAGGCAUCCUCAGUGACAGGCUGUUGACAAUCAUCUGGACCAAAGCAGAUCAGAAGAUGCAGAAACCUUUUCUAAUGCGGCACAAGCCUUUCCUGAAGCGACUGAUGGAAAAGUACUACCUUAUCUGCAACGCCACGCCGAUCGGUGGGUUUGAUGACACUACGGGUGAUCCUGAGAAAGAAGAGAUCUACUUCGUACCGUCUCUCCUGGCCACAAAGCCUGACGACAGCACCUUGUAUCCUGGGCACAUGAGGAGAUACCUGCAUCCUCUGUAUGUCGUAUUCGACAACAUGUUCCUCCCAAGUGGCAUGUUCUAUCGUCUACAAGCCAUAUGUGUGCGCAGGUUCGGUCUUCAAGAGUCCCACGUGUUCGCCGGCUGCGGCCGCUUCCCUACCGACGAUGGGAAGCAACAGUUCGUGGUAACCAAAGUGAAGCAUUACCUUAAGGUGGAGCUUCUGUCGGCUGAAGCUGAAGACCAGACAGUGUUCACACAGGCCCUUCCUGCUAGAAAGUUCCUCAGCAGUUGUCUCUUUGAGAUCAAGGAGAAGUGGAUCCCGUCCAUCCAGUAUGACUGGUGCUUUGGGGAGGAGUCAGAAAAAGGAACAGGAACACCAGUAUUCUACCCACUGUCUGACAUCGGGCAAGAAACGGCAACGGAAUCCAGUCGUUUUCCAGAAGACUUCAUCAAUGUCUGGAUACGUGGCAGAAGUGAUAUGACAACGUCCUGUGCAGAGAACUCAGGUGGUUCCGGACCCGUGUUGAUAGAGCCCACGCUGAACCCAGACGCAGUCCACACGAUCGGUCCUGUCUUGGACUGUAUGGAGACCUGCAGAGGGCUGAGUCUGGCGCAGUGUGAUCGGAUCAGACACGAGCUCACAUUCGUCAGCAGGUUCAAUGAGUUGGUUUCCACCGUCAGCAAGGCCGGAGACAUGUGCCGUCGCUUGCUGGGAGCGUCCGUGGAAGUUUGUCUGCCUGGGAGAGCACCCAUGUUCCCCAGGGAAGAGAGAGGGAACGAAAUUGUUCUCCUACACACUGGAGACUACAAUGACAAGCUGGUGCAGCCACUGUUGAAACAGGCAGUCCAAUCGUCCAGCAGGUACGGUGUAACAGUGUCUGAAGACGUCAUCGAACCAGGAGAAAUCAUCACAGACAAACUCUUGAACCAUCUUCUCCAGGGGAACGUCAGGAUGGUCGUACCAAUCAUCACACCGCAGACUCUCCACAGCAGACACUGGUCCACGCUCGGGUACGAAUUCUUUGUAGAGAACAAGGACCUGGUCUUUCCGGUCUUCGCGUACCCUGAAGGAACCAGAGAGCGUUUGGUAGAGGUGCUCGGCAGGCGCUGUGCGGGGAUGUUGGAUAUGGCAUCAACAGAAGUACCAAUGGCUGAAGAACCACUGUCCAGAACCAAAAUUGGUCUCGUUUCAGCAGAUAUUCUGAGGAAGGCUUCGUCUUCUGUUGUACUGAACACGUACAGAAUCACAGAAGAAGGUUGCCAGAUUGAGGAGGAUGGUGUCACUAUCUUCUUUCCAAAAGGAUGCGUCAAGACGGGGAGGUCCCUGUCAUUGGAGGUCGAAAUGCUGCCCAUUGAUGACGCCUUGACAAAGGCUUUCUCAGCUGUGACCCCGAUACUGACUGUGCACCAGGAAAAGGAGGAGGACUUCUUAGAGCCCGUGAGCGUCAUCCUGCCGUGGGCAUGGAAGAAGAGCGACUGCAGCACAGAUAAGACCGUCCUGAUGGAAAAGAAAUCAACUCAACACCAGUGGUCUUUGCUUAGGACAGAGUUUCAAGAGACAGAGGACGCAGUCACAUUCACAACGAGACACUUUUCCGGGAUUGCGGGUGCCAAGGAAAGUGGCAAAGGCGGCGAAAGUUCGACCUCCACUGUAGAGACUCCAGGGAACCGGGAAGAGACAGCCAAUCGGGAGGCGUCAGACUCAAAUGUUCCAUCAACUUCAACAUCUCCAAGCACGUCUCUGUCAUUCCAGGCGUGUUCGAACAGGUACACUGAAGACAAAGUGUACCUCAUAGUAAACCCAAACCAGGCAACAACAGACAACAACUGCAUCCACCUCAUGUGUGUUCACAAAAACGACGACCCCACUGACUUUUUCCGAGCUGCCAAUAUGUUGCCCCUUCCGCCGUUUCAACAACGCAUCGUCAUGGGAAGGGAAGAAAUGAUAGACGCCACGUUUGACAACAGGAAAGAAGUCAUCGGAGACCCUCUUGAUGUUUCAGAUGGCAUCAGCUUCUUCUUCCCACCAGCUGACUGCAACAGGUGGUCCGUUGGACUGAUUCUGAACAAUCCGAGUCAAACCAAAAAGAUGUACCAAGGGGCCGUCCAUUUCAGACGACUUUCUGAGUCCGGAGCACAAAUAACAGAUCUCAAGCGCCGGAUCCCGUCAGCAACAGUGUUUUUCCACUCCGAAGAUGAGGGGAAGAAAAGUCAUGUUCAGCAGAAGGAAGGCACUGUGAUCACCACGAUCAAGGCGUCCCAGAUACAACAUAAGAAAGCUGUCGUAUCUGCAGUUCUGAUGGUUAACGAUAAGUACGGCACGUCCCAUGGAGGUACUUCUACCGCGAACCGUCAGGUGGCGCAGUUUCUGAAACGACAUGGUGCUACAGUUCAUGCUACAACUGUGCAAGCAACUGAAGAAGACAAGAGGUGCGCCGGAGAGGACGGUGUCAUUCUGCAUCUGCCUGUCCAAAGACCAAGGCAGAAGAAAACGCCAACUUUGGAAUGGUUGACGGACUACCACAGCAUUCACUACCCAAACAUACCACAGGAUCUGAAGUGCAUUGUGGGCCAUGUAGAUGUCACCAGUGGAGCCGCAAAGAGCAUACAAGAAGACCGCUGUCAACAGACAAAAUUGGUCCUUUUCAACCACGACAUACCAGAAGAGACAGAGCACUACAAGGGAGCUAAGAAAGCGCUGGCCGCGGGGAAGAAGAUAAAAGACAUCCUCGAGGAUGCAAAGAAUGCAGAUGCAGUGUUCUCAUUGGGAAGAAGAAUCUACGAAUUUUUCGAGACGAAGUACAGGUCACUUGGAGAAAGCAAACCAAGCCAACACCUUUUGUUUCUCCCAAGACCAUCUCCAGUGUUUGAAGCCAUCUCUGUAAGACCAGGAGGAGGACAGAAAGUCGUGCUGACUGUCGGGAGAGUGACGGAAGUGGACAAGCUGAAGGGCCAUGACCUGGUAGCACGGGCGUUGGGGGAAGUCGCAGAGAAGAUCACAAACGUCAGAUUGUGUGUUCGUGGGAUAGAUGAAGAUGACUGGGAAGCGAGCAAGAGAAUCCUGGAAGAGAAGCUGCACAGUGGCAAGAUCAAACCCACCCUGCUGCCAUGUGGAACCCAGGAGGACAUCGCUCAGGACAUGCAGCAGGCUCACCUGGUCCUGAUGCCGUCCCGUGCCGAACCGUUCGGACUGAUCGGUCUGGAGGCCAUCGCAGCAGGCAUCCCCGUACUCAUCUCUGACAAGUCGGGGUUGGCAGACAUGAUCAAGGACUUGAUCAAGGAGAAGAAAUGCCAUCCAGACAUGAGGUACAGGAUCGUGAAAACAAGCGCGAGGGAGUCCGACCUGGCUGAGGAUGCAAGAAAAUGGGCAGAAAGGAUCGCAGACACCUUGGAAUACUCUGAGGCAGAAUUCGACAAAGCAGCAGAGUACAAGAAGAAGCUGUUGGAGUCCAAGUACUGGGAAGAGUCGCACCAAAACCUGCUGCGGGUGUGUGGAUUGACGGACUGAGUCUAGAUCGCGCCCUUUCACCCACGGCACGUGUCAGAUUCCUAAUCGUUGAUCCUAACGCACACAGUUAAUGUCAUCAUUACUGUGUGUUUAUAUUCCAAAGCAAAGCAAGACUUGGCAGUGACCACAUCUAUCAUUGGCCAUGUACAAUUUCAAAGAUAAGCUCAUUUACAUUGACACUUUCUAUUGUCUCUAUACA